ACCAAAACUCUGUGAAUGGUGAUUUUGCAAAGAAAAGGAAAUUUUGGGCUGUUGGCAACCCUUUGAGAGGGCGAGCUACGGUCUCUUUUGCAAAUUGCAAAAUCCCCAUUACUCUUUUUUUUCUUUUUUUCUUUUUUUCUUUUUUUUUUCCUUUUUUUUUUUUUUGAGGUUUGAAUAUGGUUUUUUUGUUUUUCACUUUAUUCCUAUCUCUUUCUGAUUGAAACUUUAAAUCCCACCGUUUCACAUGUGCUUGCUUGCCUCUUCCAUUUUCCUGUUCCUAUCCCCUUUUCAGCUCUUCUUCUACCCCUUUCCCUCUUUAUCCUUUUAGGUCAUUUUCUAUAUCAUUUCAAUUUUCUCAAUUUUAAAAGCUUUCUCUUUUUCCUAAAUCUCACUUGGGUUUUCAAUAUUUCCUUCUAAUUUUGCUCUCAUUCUUCAUUAGGGUUUUCUUUUUUUUUUUGUUUUUCAAUUCUUGGUCGCUUUGAAUUUCUCAUAUUUUUUUGCUUUGUCCUUGCUGGGUAUUGUUAGAUCUUGGUUUUUCAGCUGGUUUCGAUCGGAAAAUUCUCUUCUCUUUUUUUUUUUUUUUUUUUUUUUUUUUUGGUUUUAAGGCUCUGAAUUUCGUUUUCCGACGCAAUGUCACAAGGUUAUGCCAUUGAGCUGUAUUUCGAUCCAGCGCUUGAGAACCAGGUGUUGAAGGCCUGGAACGUUCUCGCUCGACGUCAAAUUAGCACCCAACUUAUCGAAAUGGAGUCGCGACCUCACAUCACACUCUUUUCCAGCCCAUUUAUCGAACCCGCGAAGCUGGAAAACGUUAUUAGAAAUUUCGCUUCCAAGCAAGAACCUUUAUCUUUAUCUUUCUCUUCGAUUGGGAGCCUUCCCAGUGACAACAAUGUUCUGUUUCUCGCACCAACGCCUUCAAUGUCACUGCUUCAGUUCCAUUCUCAAUUGUGCGAGGCAAUGAAGAAAGAAGGGGUUGAAAUUGGGGAAGAGUAUCGCCAGGACUCGUGGAUUCCUUAUUGUGCGGUAGCUCAAGAAGUGCCAAGGGCUAGAAUGGCAGAGGCUUUUUGUGUUUUGCGUGACUUGAAGUUGCCGGUUGCUGGGUAUGCCAUGGAUAUUGGGUUGGUCGAAUUUUCUCCUGUUAGGGAGCUAUUCUCUUUUGUGCUCGGUAAUAACGUAGAAGCCUGAAGCCCCAUUUUGGUUUGUUGUGCUAGUCUUUGAAUUUAGAUUUUUAUUCGAUGAAUAUUGCUACGCCUUUGGUGUUUUGAUGUAAUUACUUGUUGAUGGUGCUAUUAAUAGCAUAGUUCCAAAAAUUUGCAAUUAAUGUUCUUGAUAAUGAACUUUUCCAUCUUAUAUUUCUUUCUAUUAGAUUGAUGAUU